AUGGCCUCCAAGAUGGACAUCGACAAGUCUCUCGACGAGAUCAUCGCCGCCAAACCCAAGCCUCAACGACAGCAAAGACAAGGUGGCGCUAGCCGAGGCCGACGAGGUGGAGCUGGUGGUGGUGUGGCUGCCGCUGCGGGUGCCGGUGGUGCCCGAGCCCGGUACGCAUCAACGGUACCCAAGGCGGCAGGUGCUGUCCCGGCUGGCGUCCCCGAAGUGUUCAAGAUCAUUAUCAGCAACCUCCCCGGCGAUGUCACAGAAGCUGCCGUGAGAGAUUUGAUCCAAUCGACUGUCGGGCCUGUCAAGAGUGUUCAGAUGGCCUACACCGCCCACGGCAAGGGUAACGGUAUCGCCACCGUCGUCUUCAAGAACAAGGGAGACGCGAGGAAGGCGCAUGCUUCAUACCACAACAGGAUGAUCGACAACCGUUAG